CAAGUGUGGGUUCCGUGCGCCCGCCCCGGAUUCGCGCCCGCCCUCGCGCGCAUGCCAUGGGGCGCCGCGGCCGAGUCACCAAGGGGUUCCCGUGGGUUGCAGCGGCCCUGCUUCUGCGCGCUUACAUGCGUGCCAGUGCAAGUACGGAUGACACAUGGGUCGUGUCUUCAUCGCAACGGAUGUGCGAUGGCACAUACGUAUACGAAAACUGUGGAUUCGACCUUUGCCGGCAGCGAUGUAGUGCGGAGCCCCAAUGCGUCGCGUUCUGGGGCGCUCCGCAGAACGACGGUUCGUGUUACUUGGCGUUGGACUCUUGCGCUGAAGUGGCUUCCCAGUUUGCUGCCUACAAGGUAUGGUACCGCCCGGUCAGCGACAUCCCGUGGGCUAGAUCUUCAUUGACGCGGAAGUGUGACGCAGGCCCACUUAGACCUUACCAGGGCGUAGUGUAUUUCGACCUCUGCAAGGCCUUAUGUAUCGAGGAGGACCGAUGCGUCGCUUUCUGGGGUGCCCCCCUCGGCGACGGUUCGUGCUGGCUGACAUAUGACUAUUGCACUGAAGUCGCCGCCGCAGCAGGGACACAAACAUCAUACAGGGUAUGGUACCGCCCUGGCAGCGACUGGGAUACGUCUUCAUUUCAACGUGCUUGUGAUUCAAGUGCAGAGACACAAUCUCUUGGCCUGAUUGGGUUCGACGCCUGCAUUCAGUCAUGUAUUCAGGAGGACCGGUGCGUCGCGAUCUGGGGCUCCCCUUUCCUCGACGGUUCGUGUUUUUUGGCUUUCGACUCUUGCGCUGAAGAGUUCUUCUCUCAUAUAUCAUAUAAGAUUUGGUACCGGCCGCCGAUCAGCACAACGCCCACUAGCAGCAGCGAAACCACUAGCACAACUACUUCCCACGUGACGGGAACCACGACUUCCCAUACGGAAACCACUGUUUCCCACACGUCGGAAGCCACUGUUUCUCACGCGAUGGGAACAGUUGUGUCCCACAUGUCUGGAGAUGGCAGUGCUGCUGUGGUCCAGGUUGUUGCUGAGUACACUGCGGACGAAACUCUUCCGCUUGAUGUAAAAGAAUCUGACCUCAUGUCUUCCAUUGUCUACAAGACCGCGAAGAAGAAGGGUCUGGAGGUUGCUCUGUCCGUGCCCGCCUCCGACCUUACCAUCACAGGCUUCGCCUUGGGUGCUCGUCGACUCUCCACUGCUGUCCGCCGGCUCUCGGACACAGUCUCUGUGACAACCAGCUUCGAGGUGAAGACCGCCAGCACCAGCGCUGCCACCGCAGUCUCCACCAGGAUUGCUGGAGCCUCUGCCGCUAUCAAGGCGGCGACUGACAGCGCCAUGGCUGAAGCUGAUUGGAGUGGCGAGUCAGUGAUCACUGUGGCUCCUACGAUGACGGCUCCCACCGUAGCCAACCCGACGUUGGUCGCGAUCACAAUCAGCCCCACUACCACGGACAUGGCAACACGUUCCUCCAGCACGGCAAGUUCCACCACCACGGUUGCCAGCACAGCAGGUGAAAGCCAGCCAGCGGCCACAGUUGCCGACGUCUCGUCCGCAGACACGAUUGUCAUAGUCGUUGCCAUCGCAGGUGCGUCGUUUGUGAUUGCCGUUCUGAUGGCUGUGACAUUUCUUUGGAAUCGCGGUCGCCGCCUUGCCGCCUCGCCGGCUGUUAUGGGGGAUGUUGUAUUGUCGGAGUCGGAGGUCGGUAACGGGAACGAGAUGCCGGAGCAUGAGAUGCCGGAGCAGCCGCCGGUGGUUAUGCAAGAUGUUUCGGAUCGGUCCCGCAUGUUGGGCAUCAGUCUCGAAUUUGCAAUCCGUAUUUUUCCUGACGAAGCUCGAGAGAUGAAGGGACGUCUCCUCAAACAGGCACUGUCAAAGCCGGUCAGAUCCACCGUUGAAGACAGGUCCUUGACGGUUGCAGAUACGGAUGUACAUCACCUGAAUUUUAUUGAGUUGGCAGAUAUUGUCGCACAUGGCGAAGUUGCCUACGGAAAAGGGAUCAUAUGCCCACGAGAUGGCAAGCUUGAUUGCAGCAUCGUGGACGCAGUGCACAGCAGGGGGGCAAGCGCUAGGGCAACAAUGUUCUUAUCUUGGUUUUGGCAGUACAAGUUGAGUUUGGUGCUGAGUGCCCUACGAAAAUACCAGGAGAGGCAAGCGCAUCCGGAGAAGUGUUUCUUGUGGUGGUGUUUUUUCGGGAACAAUCAGUUCCGCAUUCUGGGAAGCAAGCAGCAGCAAGAUUUCUUCACCUUGAAGGCGGUAUUUAGCACGCAACUACGGAACGUCGGAAGGAUGGUCGCUUUGAUGGAUAAGGUCGCAGAUUCUAGGUAUGUUUCGAGAUUGUGGUGCCUCUUCGAGGUCUACACGGUUUCGACAGAGAAGCUUCCGUUCGAAGUAGUUCUACCAGAAUCGGCGUCCGUGGAGAUCGAUAAGCUCCUCAAGGGGGGCCUAGGCCAGUUGAAAUCCGCAAUUACGGUCGACUCAAAGAAGGCAAAGGCAUCCUUCGCUGAGGACGAGAACAACAUUAAGAGCAUGAUCGAGAGCAUGCAGGGCACCUACAGCACACUGGACACGGCCGUGCGCAACGAGCUGCAGCGGGUCGUCAUGCACGAGAUCGGGUUGGCUCUUCGUGAUUCUUGAGAUGAGGGCAAGCGGUUGUGCUGUUGUUGCCAGUCUGCUUUCACGUCUGAGAACAGAACGACAGAUACACAUGUACACCGACCUCGACCAGGCCCAUCGUAUAUGAUUCCUUGAUCAGGCCAGGAGUGCGCAUUUGCUGAGCAUGGGACCAUGCUGGGCCUGGCCAUUGCCAGUGCACAUGUAUAGCCGUAUGGCUGCCGCCCUGCUGCAAGAAGGCCACCCGGUCUCCCUCGUGCCGUCACCGGCCCACGCAGUGAGCAGGACCUCUUCUUGGGCACGAGAAUGCCCAGCACAGUGUGCGGUACGGGCGGCGAUCUUACACAUAUUCUUGCUUUUGCGUAUCCCCACCAGCCCAUCAAAAAGCAAUCACAAAGCGAGUUGCCCUGACCGGGGAUGUUUAGCAGCAUGCCGUCACGCGUGGGUGUUUCUUUGAGGAAACGCUCUAAACCACCGACGCCCAGAGGGCUGGUGGGAUUUUAGCCUCAGCCCAGCAUCCCCAGCAGCGAGUUUGAGCCAGGGUGGCUCCAAAUCUUGUUGGCGCGCCCUCCGAAUCAUCGUCCUGCCGUCCCUGAUUUGCCUGCGCCCUUGUCGUCAUAGCUGUCGUCGUCAUUGCUGACGUCGCCCUCCUUGCCAUAUGCAUUGUCCCCCCCCCCUCCCGCAACUCCUCUUUCU